GCCUUCGAAGAUACGGUAAGCCGACUGUAUUCCUUUUUAUUAGUGCCUAUCACUGAGCUAACGGGCAACUCAUGGGUUUUGGAUACAGGAUGCGGAUAUGGAUUGACUGCAAGCGAGUCGGUCUUCGUGACCAAGCAGCCCAACUCAGACUACGUUUUUACAUUUGGCCAGGGCUCUAAACUGAGAAAUACAUUUGUUGGUACUGUUAAGUUGUUUUUGAUGAGUCCAACAGGAGUUAAGUCAGUACAGUUUAGUGAUAUAGCACUAGUACCACAUGCUAAGUCAAAUAUCUUAAGUGAGUUUUGGCUAAAAAGGGCAGGUUAUCAGAUUGUGGCAAGUAACAGCGGACUGUACAAGUUCAUACUUUGGAAGCACAAGUUAAUAUUUGUAGCAAAGUCUUUCAAUGGGGCAUACUAUGUGCAAGCCUGCACUACAAAAGAAAGACAGAGAAUGUGUAAUGCUGUUCAAUUA